AACUGGUCCGAGCUUUGUAACUCCUCCGACUUUGACAUACUGCGCCAGGAAUUCAUAGAGGAUAAUUCGAUUUCUUCCUUGAUUUGGACAGCAGCUUACCUAGUUCCGUUGAAACCGACAUGGAGACCCGGAAGUUGACCGUGAAGCGGCACUUGCCAGUGACCAAAGGCGAUGUGUUGGCUAAAAAGAAAUCUCACCGAAAACUGGACGAGAUGCCCACCCACUCAAAGCGCCUGGUGGUGACGCGCAGUGGUCGUGUUGUAGUAUCGCGGUCGGACCAGCAGUUUGUCUUCCCAGCUUCUCAGUCGGAGGGCGAUGGCGAGGAGGACUCCAAUGAUCUGUCGCUGGAUGCCGACGACGAGGAGUAUUGGGGACAUGCCUUCGAGCAGCCCAAGUGGACGGGGCGCAAAAGGCGUAGCAGUUGCAAAUCCAGCAGCACCAACGCGUCGCCAGAAGCAGUACCUUCGCUGGUCUACCUAGAAUUGGGCAAUAAAGUCCUUAUCGUUAGGGACGAGCCACAGCCCAACAUCGUCCUGGGAAACGAUGAGGAGCUGAAAACGAAGAUGCACAAGUUUUUGGGUCUGAUGCCAUCACGCCGCAAGCUCUACAAUCCUGCGGUGGAUAGCGAUAUGGAUCCGCAGGAUGAUGAAAAGAUAGUGUCCAGGGAGGAGAACCAGGCUGAAAUCAGGGAUGACUUUGUGCGCCAAGCCAAUGUCUACUCUCUUGAGGAGUGCACCCCGGACUUUGUCAAGGAGCCCAUUGAUCUAAGCGGUCUUCCCAGCAAAAAGCAGUUAGCCGCCAACUGCCGCCGCCACAAGAGCAGUGUAGCCUGCCUGGAGCGGCACAAAGGGUUCUACGGAUUCGUUCAGUCGCUCAGCCCGGCGAUCUCGCUCAACAGGUGCCAUCCGCUGGCGCUCACCUACCGGCAGACCAAUUUCCACCAACGCAAAGUGGCACUGGCCAAGGUGCUGUUCAACAUGUUCAACCACGCCAUCUUCCACUGCGGCCUGCAGGUGCCCAUUAUUUGGAAGCACUCCAUGACCACGCGAUGGAAGUGCCAAUUGGCCAUCGACACCUCCGGUAAGCGCACGGCCGAGAUUCUACUCCUGCGCCGCAUAGCGACUGCAGCCGAGCUCAUCCAGCUCCUGCUGCACGGGAUGUGCCAUGCGGCGUCUUUCGUGUUCAACCGGGAGUUGAGUCACGGCGACAACUGCCGCAGAUGGGCCUACCAGGCGAGGAUGGCCUUGCCGGAGGCACCCACCAUCGAGGAAAACUGCUUUGGUAGCUUCAAGUACACCUGCACCAUGUGCACCCGCUGCUCCUACGGCGUGGCCGACUUGAGCACGCAGCUCCUACGUUGCUCCCACUGCCAAUUCGAGGUGAGUGUGAAGCCGUGCAACAUAAAGAUACACGACGGCGCCCGGUCAGAUCCGACUUUGACCCCGUUCAAGUGCUUCAUCCGGGACAACUACUUGAAGCUGGGCGAGGAAGGAGGCACCACGCACUCCUCCAAGAUGGCGCUGCUCAACGAGGAGUUCAUGAAGAUGAACUCCACAAAGGCUUAGAAAGCAGGUAUAAAAUUUGCAGAAUAUAUUGAAAGGAGGCAUACGAAUGCAGAAGCCUUAACUAGUAUAUAUUUUUAUGUUAACAACCAAGUCACAUGCCACAUUCCCAAAGGAAGUGUAUAACACUUCAUUACU